AGAAAAGGAGACGCAACCUUUGUGUUUUACUAGUUCGCUUUUUGCUCUACUUCACAACAAUCAAACAUGGAACAACGACAAGACUACGUUGCCGAAGAACAAGAAGAGGACAUGUUUUUCAAUGCUGGAAGAGUUGCCAACUAUGCUGAACAAUAUGCACCUUCCCAAAGAUUGAAAGAUAAUCUUCUUGGAAAGUCUUCCUCCAAUAAUCAGGACGAUAUUAAUCUUCAAAAGCAAUUGAAUAAGCAACAACAACAACAACAACAACCAAUACAGCAACCAAUACAACAGCAACAACAACAACAAUAUCAACAACCACCAAUUGCUGCCAUCACUACUCCAAUAAGAACCAUGAAUAAUAGCAAUAAUACAAAUAUUGUUAGUAAUAAUAGUAAUACCGUACCAACCCCUUUGAUGAUGAGCAGCAAUAGUAAUUCAACCACUAGAAAUGUACCAUUAUCAACACCAAUGAAUAGUUAUAAUAAUAAUAAUAGCAGCAUUCCUUCAACAGAAUCUAGAUUGCCUACACUUCCAUCAAUUCCUUCAACAAUUUUAAAUAGCUCAUCUACUCUAAGUAAUAGUGCCACAUCUUCCUCCAUAGAAAAAACUCUUCCAAUCCUUUCUAGUCCUGGUGUAGUAGGUGUAGUGAGUUCAGAUCAGAAAAGAAAGAUUUCAUUGCAGUAUUUGGCAGAAAUAUCCAACUUUUCAAGAAAAGACGUUCAAGAUGCUAUGGUCAGUAAGAUUGAUAGUGAGUCAGGAGAAAUCUAUGGUAACAUACCAGAGAUUAUUGUUGGUAUGAAAUACUCAUCCAGAAUGGACUUGUUGGAUGCAAAGAUUCACACAGACCUCCAGUCAGAUAUUUGUACAAAUGGGAAUUAUAUCAAACCAGUCCCUGCUCUCAUAAUUUAUGAUACACAAGAGAGACAUGAGGAUAGAGGAACUGUUGUACUUUACUCUAUUCCAUUCAAUGGUGUUCACUCAGACCUUUAUACAGCUCCAUCUAUUAAGGGUACACCUUGUGAGGCUCUCGCUCAAAAUUCUAUCUACAAGAUUCCUGUUAGAGUUAUUAGAGGUAGUUAUGAAUCAUCGGUUGAUGAUGGAAAGAAGUUUAGAAAUGGACAUUGUCCAACACAAGGAUACAGAUAUGAUGGUAUUUACUUUGUUGGCGAAUACUUUUAUGAACCAGGUGCAACCUCCUUUGUAUUCAAGUUGAUCAGAAUAUAUGGGCAACCUGAAUUACCACAUGCUCCCAACUUGGCUGAACCUCCUGUUAGAAACAAUUCCUCUAAUAACCAAAUACCUCCUUCAUUCUCAAAUCCGCAACAACAAGGACCACCAUCUAAUAUGCCAAACAUGCCAAACGAUAGAAAGAUAUUUGGAAUACCUUCUUUCGUUACACAAAGAAUACUAUCAGGAAGUAACCAAGACUACCUAGCUCAGAGUACAAGAAACUCACACAACAUGCCAUUCAUACCAUCCCUUCCUCAAAACUACUCACAUUCCAAUAAUUAUAAUAGCCAAGCAAAUAAUCCUCAAAACCCUCAUUCACUUCCAGCCAUGCCUUCAAUGCCAAACAUGAACUAUAAUAGAAAUAACUUCCCAAAUAACAAUAACAUGAAUAAUAAUAACUACAACGAACCACCUCCUCAAAACAAUAGACCUAUUAUGAGAAAUACUGGUCAGUCAAGCUCACAAUCAUUUGGUUCUCCAUCAUUCCCUAAUAAUGGUAAUAAUAACAAUAGCAGUAGCAAUAAUAAUAAUGAUGGACUUAAUCUGACUCAUACCUCUGUAAGACAAAUGAUUAAUAACCUCAAAUUCCAAAACAGUAACUUUGGUGGCCGUAUUCAGUCAUAUUCGUAUAAUAUUUCAGAGUUAGCUUCUAAGGUAGAAGAUGUACAAAAAUCAAUGCCAGCCCUUGGUAGACAAUUAACUUCGAGAAAUAAGACUUUCACAUGGAAGUUGGGACAAGAGAAAGAACAGGAAGAAUAUGACAGAACUAAAUACUUUGUCUAUGACGAUGAUGAGGAUGUAAGUGAAGAGGAAGAAUUAGAAAUUGAAAGACCUUCAAGAUCUAAAAAGAAAAAGACACAUCAUACAAGCAGUGGCAGUAGUGGUACAAUGACAACACUAAUUAUUGUUGAUAUUAAAAGAAAAAUGCAAAACAAUAAGAAGGAACAAUCAGCCGAAAACUCUGACGAUUUUCAACUCGUUUCCAAGAAAAAGACAAGUGGAAGACCACAUAAAACCAAUAAGAGAUUAACAAACAACAAACACCAUCACGAUGUUAAACAUCAAAAGAGUGAAAAAUCAUCAUCAGCAGCAACAAUUGGAAAACAAUCAAUUACUUCCACUACCACUCCCACUGCACAACAACAUUCGGAAUCAUCAACAUUACCUGUUAUUAUUAAACAAAAUCAAGUAUCAUCCACUCCUGCUGCCACUCCAACAAAUGUAGUUUCCUCCUAUUCAGCAGCAGUAAUUUUGAAUAAGAACACAACAAUUACACCAUCUUCAAACUUUUAUUCCAUUCCUCAUGAUCAUGACAAUAAUUUGAGAAAUAAUCAUCAAUCAAAGAAUAAGAAGGAUUCCACUUCUCUUAAAAACAAACCCAAUGAAAAGAGUAAUAGAAAACAACAAUCAAAUAAGAAAAUUGAAAAGAAACAACCCCAAAUGGUUGUUCGUAAAGUUAAACCAAUUCCUCAAUUCUUUAUUAUUAGAAAACCAAUGAAUCAAGGAGAAUUUCACUAUGAAAAUUCAUCUUUAAAACCAAUAAUUCCAAAGGAACCUCAAGAUGAAAUGGGAAGAUCAUUCUAUAAUUCAUUAAAGAGUUUUAUUGAAGAUAGGAAUGCCCAUGUUUAUGACUUUCCAAAUACUUUAAAUUUAAAUCAAAGAAAGAAAGUUCAUAAUUUAGCAGAGGAAUUUAAAUUGGAUCACUUUUCAAGAGGAUCAAAUCCUUUCCGUUAUAUUUGUGUUUCUAAACGUGAUAUGAAAAUUAAAGAUGAAUUCCAGUAUUUUGGAUAUAUUGGAUUGUUUGGACACUCAAUUGAUGAAUUUGUUAGAAAAUUCACACUUAAUCCUGAAUUAUCAUCCAAUCAACCACUUUUACAAAAGAGAAUUAAACGUGAUGGACCAAUUCAUCAUAUUACCAUAAUGACACGUCCAGAAAUUAAUACAGCUAUCAAAAAUAUGGAUGCUAAGGAAUUGGAUCACUUAUUUACCAAUGAUCAAAAGCAAAAGAUGAAAAAUGGAACAGAAGAGGAAAAAAUUGAAAUUUUAAUGAAUAUCAUUUCAAGAGUUGUUGUAAAUGACUAUCAAACAUUAGGAUUGGGUAAAAUUACUGAAAAAUUAUCUCAUUUUGAAGGAAAGAAGACAGAUGAUGUGAACGAAGCUUACUUUGUAAUUGUUGAUUGGCCUAGUGCACAGAAAUUGAGAGGAGUUUUGGGAUUGGAACCUUAUAGUUUCCACAUUACUGUUGCUUAUAAAUACGGAGAUAUUCAUGGAGUGACUAAAGAUAUGUCAACUCAAAUUUCAUCACAAUCAUUUGAGAUUACCAACGAAUUUUUACAAAAGAAGGAAAAUGAUAUGGAAAAUCUCUUAAGGUUUAUUGGAGUUGAUACUAGAUAUGCUCGUUCACUGAUAAAUCUUGGUUGGUUCAAUACUGAAUCAAUUGCAAAUAUUGAAAAGAUGGAUUUGAGUGAUGUUGGAAUGACAGAAGAGGAUCAAAAUAAGAUUUUAUCAUUUGUUCAAGAUUUUGCAAAUAAUUACAAAAAUUAUAAAAAGUAA